AAGUCCUUGUACUGAAUUCCAAGCCAAUAAGAGCACCUUUACUGAAAGCCUGAGGUUAGUUUCACACUUUGGUACAAACUGAAAUUUUUAACUUGAGGUUUUUUCAAAACUUCUUUUUUUUUAAGGGGAUAUACAUUUGUCUCAUAUAUCAGAACAUUUUUGGUGUUGUAUCAUCAGUUUUUGGAGCUUAAAGGUUUAUUGGGAUGUCUGGAUCAAGGAGGAUGCCAGGACAGUGAAGCUGCCAGUUGUGAUAAUGGACAUUUUUUGUUGAGAAGCAGAGCUUGUGUUCUUUAUUGUCAUCAUUUGCGAUGGGUCAGCGACUCAGUGAGGAUUCGGACGAUAAAGAAAUUGAUGUUGCUGAACUGCAGGAGUGGUAUAAAAAGUUUGUGACUGAAUGUCCGAGCGGGACGCUCUUCAUGCACGAGUUCAAGAGCUUCUUUGGUGUAACUGGAAACCCAGAAGCUGCUGAUUAUAUAGAAAACAUGUUUCGUGCUUUUGAUAAAAAUGGGGACAACACUAUUGAUUUUCUGGAAUACGUUGCAGCCUUGAAUCUAGUGCUGCGAGGAAAGUUGGAGCACAAACUGAAAUGGACUUUUAAAAUGUAUGACAAGGAUGGGAGCGGCUGCAUCGACAAAACAGAGCUCAGGGAGAUUGUGGAGUCAAUCUACCGACUAAAGAAAGCCUGCCAUGGUGAACUUGAUGAAAAGUGUACCCUACUGACCCCAGAUCAGGUGGUGGACCGAAUAUUUGAGCUAGUGGAUGAGAAUGGAGAUGGGGAGUUGUCUCUGGAUGAGUUCAUCGAUGGGGCACGACGUGACAAAUGGGUCAUGAAGAUGCUGCAAAUGGACGUGAACCCUGGGGACUGGAUCAAUGAACAGAGAAGCCGCAGCACCAACUUCUGAGCUCCAUAUUCCCCAAAACAACUCUUAACAGAAGCCUACACCUUAACCAACAUAUACAGAGCAUGAAUAGCUUCAAGGACAGUCUUAGUCAUGGUUCAUUCAAGUAAAUUUAAAGCUGCAGUCCGUAACUUUUUUGUUUGAAAAAUUAUCCAGAAUCAAUAUUUGAGCAAACUAUUGCCUUACUUUAGCCCGAUUCACAACGGUUAAUUUAGAAUAUAAUAAUUUGAGUGGUACGGGUAGGUUUUUGCGGAAAAUUUAAGCAUGACACUGCGUCAUUACUUCACGUCUGUAAACCUAAAGAAGUUAUCCCGGCUACUAUGCUGUCACAUGUGAGGAUCCUGCAGGUGGCUGACAUUUAAUUAUAGCCUAUUCCCACAGCAGUUCAAAAAUGAUCUUGUUG